AUGACCCGCUAUAGAAGAUAUUUUCUCAUUUCUUGGAGGUGCUCCAUGAUGUGUAUUUUCUUGAUUGGCUCCAUCUGUUUUCUAGGGAUAUAUUUGUUUUUCAUUCCUAAGACUUUUAAUUACUUUGCUGUUUUAGCAAAAAUCAAAGUUAAAGAAAACAUUGAUUUGAGUUUAAUGGAAAGAUCUGCAUUUCCUGCCAAAGAAUAUGACAAACCUGAGACAGCAAAAAAACCCAUUUCCUUCAGAAGCAAUGUUUCCAGCUUCAAACACUUCUUACUAAACAGGAAGGUAGGGGGACUAACUGUAAAUGCGGCACCAUUUGCUAGUGAACUCAAUUACAUUCAAUCCUUUAGGUUUGUUAUUAAUGAAAGAGAUAUAUGUAAUGAAAUAACUCCUUUUUUAAUACUAUUAAUAGCAACCAAAGCUGACGAAAAGCAGCACAGGGAAGCCAUCAGGAAAACCUGGGGAAAUGAAUCUGUGGUUCCAGGAAUAAAGGUUGUUCGCUUAUUUAUGUUGGGUGUUAACAGCAAAGAGCAAAAUGAAGCCCUACUGAGGGAAAGCAGUCAAUAUCAUGACAUCAUUCAACAAGACUUUUUGGACACCUACAAGAACCUAACUCUUAAAACCAUAAUGGGCUUGAAGUGGGUUGCCACCUACUGUGGUGGUGCAAAUUUUGUCAUGAAAACAGACAGUGAUGUUUUUGUUAAUACAGAAUAUUUAAUACAAAGGCUCCUAAGACCACUUAUGCCUCCUCCACAGAAUUAUUUCACUGGCUACCUUUUAAGAAAUGGUCAGCCUCAUCGAAAUAAUGAAAGCAAAUGGUACAUGCCAAAGGAAGUCUACUCAGCUGAGCGCUACCCUGAUUUUUGUUCAGGAACUGGGUAUGUUUUAUCUGGAACCCUGGCUUCAAAAAUUGUCAAUGCAUCUUUAAAAGUCAAGUAUAUAUACCUGGAAGAUAUUUAUGUAGCUCUUUGUCUCAAACAAGAGGGAAUUGAUAUGGUACCCCCACCUAAAAACUAUUUGUUUAAUGCAUAUAAAGUCCCCUUUUCUCCUUGUACAUACAACAGACUGAUUACCUCCCAUGGAAUUUAUCCAAAUGAACAGAUAACAUACUGGGAAACAUUGCAAAGUUACAAAUAUGUCUGUGGUAAAUAA